ACAUAUUAUAGGUCUCCCAAGUAUGUCGAAUAUGUCAAUGGCUUCUGGGUAAUGACAUCUACCUAAAAACAAAUUUACAACAAAAACUAGUAAUAUUAAUAGGUAUUGGUUAUUUGGUUCACUUAAUUAUAUACACAAUGAACGUAACGCUUACUAGCUUGGAAGCUUUAAUUUUAAAAGCAACUUAUGAAACUUUGCCACAACCUGAUGCUGCGGCCUUGGAAGCUUUCUGCGUAGUGAUGCAAGAUUCCGCAGAUGGUCCUCAGUUAGCAGCUCAGGCACUAGCGGCUCGUAUUCACUCAUUAAAUGCUCGGGAAGCCCUCUUGGCACUCACAAUGCUCGACAGAUGCAUGCGGCGCUGUGAUUCCAACUUUCACGCUGAAGUCGGAAAAUUUAGAUUCUUAAAUGAGAUGAUAAAGCUAGUGUCUCCCAAAUAUUUCGCAGAUAGAACAGCACCAGAAGUUCGAACAAGGGUUCUGCAACUGCUUCAUGCCUGGUCCAUAGAAUAUCCAAAAGAAACAAAAUUUAAGGUUGCAUUUGAUAUGCUCAAAAAUCAAGGUGUAAUAAAAGAGACUCCACCACCUUUGCCUCCCGAGGACAAUACCAUGAUAUCUAAGCCAAGAACUAAAAGUGCUAUAUUUGAAGAUGAAGAAAAAUCUAAGCUCUUGCAAAAACUACUACAGAGUAAAAAACCAGAAGAUCUGCAGCAUGCAAAUAGAUUGAUUAAAACAAUGGUCCGAGAAGAAGAACGUCGCUCCGAAGCUAACAGUCGCCGAGCUCAAGAAGUAAGUGCAGCAUUGGACAGUGCAGGUCUUCUUAGAGAUAUGUUGGAACACGCAGAGGACGCGUCUUCUGAUGAAGAACAGCUAAUUCAUGAGCUAUAUGCCAGUUGCGCGAGACUCCGUCCAGUGCUGCAACACUUGGCCUCCACUGACACACCAGCUGAAAAUCUAAGUGAUAUACUGCAUGCUAGUGAUGUACUCGAUGAAGUUUUCGAUAAAUAUAACAAAUUUGUUAGUGAUAUGAAGAUAAAAUCUAAAGGAUCCAAGACAGAAGUACAAACUACAAACAGUGACAGCUUACUAGAUUUUGCGGGAGCCAACAUUAACAGACACGAGAGUGACAAACCAAAGAAUGCAAACAAUACUGUGAUAGAUGAAUUAGGAGAUAUUUUCUCUAAUGAGAGUGCCAAUAAUAUAGCCGAACCUUUGAAACCCGUUAAUUUAAUGUCCACUGAGGACGCAGAUUUAUUAGGAGAAAAAAAUAAAAAAAUCGAAGGUUGGCAUGAACUGGACUCGCUUGGUGAGCAAUUAUUGAAACAGUCGUUACCGGAUAAUUUGAAACGAUUAGACAAUUUUAAUAGCAAACAUACAAAAAAGAUUCCAAUGAAUGCUCUGGAAAAAUCUUCACCGAAACACGAAGUACAAAUAGCUAACAAUACCGCAUUAUUAGAUUUGGAUUUCUUCACAAAAAGGAACGAAGAACAAAAUAAGUCACCUUUGGCUCAGUCUUCAAAGUCAAUCACUCCCAACGAUGACGUCAUGGUCGACAUCAGUUCCGAUGAGAAAUCUUCAUCUCCGAAUAUUUUAAAUAACAAUUUUGGAGUAAAAUCUGAUAGCUCUCUAGAUAAUAUAUUGGACUUAAGAUUACCUGCAGAAAAUGAUAAAAUCAUCACUACGACAGUAGAAAAUAAGGAAAAUCUAUCAACUGAACAGAAAGGAGUUGCAAUGAACAAAACCAACAAUGUGCAACCUCUGACUGAUAUUAACUUGACUCUACAGAGUGUCCAUCCAAGUAAAAUUCCUCCGUUGACGGUGUUCGAGGAGGACGAUGGGUUAACAGUGGUGCUACAUUUCUGUAAAGAUAAGCCACGCCCAGACGUGAGCGUUAUCGUAGUUUCGACUACAAGUAAAAAUACUUCGCCCAUAGAAGAUUAUAAGUUCCAAGCGGUUGUGCCAAAGGGCUGCAAGGUGCGCCUGCUGUCGCCGUCGCACACGUCGCUGCCGGCCUACAACCCGUUCCUGCCGCCGCCGGCGCUGACGCAGAUGCUGCUGCUCGCCGCGCCCGCCGCGCCGCCGCCGCUGCGGUUCGUGCUGUCCUACUCGCUCGCCGGCGACGCCUGCUCGGAGAUGGGCGAGGCCGUGCUGCCGGCGCUGGACGCCUGCUGCAACUGAGCGUCGCGUGUUCCGAGCUCGGCCGCUCCCGCUGUUCGACGUCUCGCUUCAUCAGGCGUCGUCUGUAUCCGGUGCGACGUCUGCGUUCACUGGACGUGUCGUACGGUCACGUACGCACAGUCUAAACGUCGCGCGUCUACUGAGCGUUGCAAAUAGUUCUUUACGUAUAACCGCUUGCAUUUAUAUCUAUUAUUCUAGUCUGCGAUUAAGUCUCGACAUUCCGAUAUUACGUAUUAUUUAAUUUAUUAAAAAAAAAUACAAUUGGAUCUGAAUUAUUUUAAAACAGUAUUAGAACGGUUCGGAUGUGGGAUUGUCAAUGUUAUUGAGAUGUCACAAAAAAGCAUUUAUUUUGUAUAAUGUUUUACUAAGUAUUUAAUAUAUUUGUUUAUAUUUCGGUCGAAGUGCAAUACACGAUACUUAAUAGAAUUGUAUGACUUACAUUAUUUAUAUUAUUGCAAGAAUAAAUGGUAUUCGCUUGG